UAAGCUACGGCCUCCGAAUUAUAAGUGCGUGUGUUGCGUGCUCGUCGUUCUUGUUAACAGACAUUAGAAAAUCAUUUGGCGACGGGCAUUUGUGCAAAAGAAAAAAUACCUAAUGUUAAUAAUAAUAAUGGCCGUGUGUUCAUCUAACAAUCAAGAAAAUUGGCUUUAGAAACAAAUAAACAAAAAAAAAAAAAGAACAUUAUUUUAAGCGUACAUUUGUGCGUUAGUUGAAGAAGAAAAACGUGAAAAAGCAAAAGUCUCCUAAUGCUCGAACAAAAACUCGAGAUUUCGAUUUUGCCGCGACUUAUUUAGAUUAAAAACCAAUUACAUCUUCGUGGAGCUGCACAAAAUAUGGUUUACUUCAGUCCUCGUGGCAUGCAACCGUGCAGUCCCUUGGGCAUUAUUGCAAUAACUAUGCCACCUUCGAAGAGCCCUAUUGUGGAAACUGCUACUAAUCACAAGAUGUCUCUUGAAAUUUUUGCCGAUAGCAACGCGUCAACGCCGGUCGAUUCCAAAACACCGAAUAUUAAACAUGUCUCAGCUACCACCUCCACGCCUCUAAGUACUCGGAAUUGCCCUUUAAAAUUUUCAAUAGCAAAAAUUAUGGAGCCCGACCAACGUUCGAAUGGGGCAACGAUCGACUCAGAACGUUCGUGCAGCCCCAUUGAAGUUACGAGUGAUGAUUCUGAGGCUUUAACUCUAGUUAACUCCGAAAAUUACGAUUCGGCGUUUAAGAAAUAUGUUCCGUCUUCGUCAACCGCCGCAGUUCAGCAAUUUGUGUCCGCACGACAUCAAGAACUGUUAACGCAAUAUCCCUUGCUCUAUUAUGCAGCACCCAAUCAACUUAUGUGCGCUGCGGCUGCGGCCCAAUAUGCAGCCUUGACGGCACAACAACAAAAUCUGUUAACGGAUACAAACGCCACUGUAACCCAUUUAAAUAACUUUACUGCUUCGCUAAGCUCUUUGCAUCAUCAAACACUAAGGCGUCAAUUGAUUACACCUUCCGCUUCUACUCACCAUUUGGCGGCAGCAGCUGCCGCAGCAGCUCAGGCUGUGCAUCAUCAAACUAUGAUCAAUAGCCACUCUCAGCUGCAUCAUGUCUUAGAAAAGACUCCCGCUAGCCACAAGGCAAGAGAUUCUGUGAACACUUCUGCCUAUCAUCAGCACCCACGUAAGACUUCUUCUCCUCCCACCCAUCCAGCAACAACAGCUACUACUAUUAAUCCUGAUCCAAGUACGCCUCCUGACGCCCAAAGGCAUCGACCCGAUUCUCCCAGCUCAUUGGAUGAUAGUCCGAUUGUUAGUGGAGGCAAGCAGAAAACGUUUUCAUGUCUAGAAUGUGGUAAGGUCUUCAACGCCCAUUACAAUCUGACCCGUCAUAUGCCAGUACACACGGGAGCCCGUCCGUUUGUGUGCAAAGUAUGCGGCAAAGGAUUUAGGCAAGCAUCAACUCUGUGUCGACAUAAAAUCAUUCAUACGUCUGAGAAGCCGCACAAAUGUCAAACUUGCGGUAAAGCUUUCAAUCGGUCUUCUACUCUAAACACGCAUACUCGUAUUCAUGCCGGUUAUAAACCCUUCGUAUGCGAGUAUUGCGGUAAAGGUUUUCAUCAAAAGGGCAACUACAAGAACCAUAAACUUACUCACAGCGGAGAGAAGGCAUACAAAUGCAGCAUUUGCAAUAAAGCAUUUCAUCAGAUCUAUAAUUUAACUUUUCACAUGCACACUCACAAUGACAAGAAACCAUACACAUGUCGAGUUUGCGCAAAAGGAUUCUGCCGUAAUUUCGAUUUGAAGAAACAUAUGCGUAAGUUGCAUGAUUUAGGUAGCAUUAGCAUUGACGAAGAAGUCUCUAGCGCGCACAUGGAAGCACGUCGGGAAUACAACAGACAUGAAUCCUCCGUAGAAUACCGUAGCGCCAGUCUAAUCAAUUCGAAUUCGUCCGAUUCAUCAUCACCGCCUAUCAAUGUCACUACUCCCCCAUUGUCAAGCAACGAAGGAAGUAGCUCAGCAUGGCCUACCUCUACGCAAUACCCAAUUUUAAGUUCCGCUAACAACACCAGGCUAUAUAAUCAUACCGGUCACUUACCCAACAAUUACAGAGUGGCUUCUGAGUAUGGAAAUGGCUCGACGUUCAUAAAUUUUACUCAAACGUCUACGUCCGGAAUUCAUCUCAGUACCGCCCCACCGACGACACAUCAUCUUGCUUUGCAGCAACAACAAAGGCUAUCAACCGCUGCGGCAGCCGUGUCAGUAAUGGAUAAUGUUCCCUUCAUAGCUAAAGUAUUUUGACAGAGGUACUAUGCCGAUUCUCUGGCUAAUAGCAAUCGUGCGUUGCAUGGCCCGCCUACGAAUGCCGCAAGUUCAUCAGCGUCAAUGACCGCAAAAAGUAUUUUAAUAGACUGACUGCAAUUUGUGGCAGCUGCAGCUGCAGCGUCCUUACCAGAGCGUAUACCAACGAUAGAAAUGCAUUCGGAAUACGGAUUAGGCGCAGUAAACCAACGUGUAUUUAUUGUGGAUCGAGAAGAAGAACAAGCGAACAGUAAAAGAUCAUUAGUUGCUAGUGGAAAUUUGGGAAAUUCUGUUCGAACAUUACAUGACUUUUUCUGAGGCUUCAAUAAAUAAUGAAAUAAUGCUGGCUACCCAUUUACCUACUCAUCCUAGACACAAUAACGUUAACAUGCAAAUAUGACUGACAAAACGAAAAGAGAUCGAUAACAACAUUUGCAAAUUCACCAGCGUUUAAAGUAGUCAACCCAAGAUCCUGCAGGUACGCUUUCCUUGAAUGAAAGACUUAAAUACUUUUAUAUAAGGCUUGAGAUUCGAACCACAUGCCAUAAUAAACAUCGCAUGUGGUUAGCUAGAUAGAUAGAUUUUAUCUUUGCAAUGUCCUAUAAAUACUCCAAGCCGAGAAUAGGGCUUCUAAAGAACCAGCUAACAAUAUUUAGAUUCAGUAGAACGCUACGUGCCGAAGAGCGGAUGUCUUUUGGUAUGAAGAAAAUGUAGUGUUUAGAUCCAUUUCUAACUAUUGGAACAAAGCUCGCUCAUUCGACAAAGCCAGAUACCGCGACAUUUUUAAAUCGAAUUUGAAUUCUUUUGAAUUAUAUUAGACGCUCUUAUUCGCACAUAAAUUGUCCAUUCGGACUUAUUACUACCGCUACUACUAUCUUCAAAAUUUGCCUACAAUCUCUCUCUCGUUAUAGUGUAGAUUAAAAACUUUUAUUUAUUAUAUUUUUCGAAUAAUCAGCCAAGUUGGAAAUAAAUAUAAGGAUAGGAUGUUCGUCAGAAAAGAUUAUAGGUAAGGGGAAGGAAAAAAAAUAAUGAGUGAAUAAUGUUGACAUGAGUGCGGCUUACAUGUUUUAUAUCUCCACAAGCUAGUUAUGCCAGAGUCUCUCUCUCUCGCGAUUAAGGAAUAAACAGCUUCAAUAAAGUGUGAUACCUUGUCCGUGUAACUCUACGAUAAAGAGGGAGAAAGAGAUGGGGAAAUCCAGUAGCAUUUCUAAAUAGGAAUUCCUGUACGUACAUAUGGCGCAUGUCAUGUGGAUAUUCAAAAAAGUUGCAAUCGCUGGACAUAAUUGCUUCUUUCGUGAGCCUCUGUACGCGGUGGAGAACCCUACCCACAUUAUACGCUUAUCUUGGCUCAAUAGAGGUAGGGCUAGAAUGAGGUCUUUCGACACUUUGCGUUCUAUUACAGUCCACGGCACUGCUCUCGGAUCGGUAACAAUAGGAUAUAGAAAAAUGCGAACAAAGUAUUUUUUACUACAACUUGCACGCGCAAUUUUCGUAUGAAAAUUUCAAAAAUUUCUGAACUUUCGCUUAGGGUUUUCAUCUAACAGCGAAGGUUGGCUUUUUACCGCUGGAAAAAAAUGUUAAGCACGAGAAUCUUUGCUAGUUGUCUAACUCUUACGGGAAACUAAAAAUUUCUUUGUAAUUUUAUAAGAAAAAUGCAAUAUAUGAUGGAAGAGAGUGUUUGAUAGGCAUGCUUUCCGUGUUUGUAUGUGUACGUGUGUGCGUGUGCGUGUGUGUGUGUGUGUGUGUGCAUGUGUGGAGAUUUUAUGGCGUUUAUAGAGUGAAGCGCAUGUUGCUAUAUAUAUUUACAAAUUUUUUUGUUAAACUUUCUUCUAACUUUAUGUAUAAAAUUCGUGAAAU